UAAAUUACGAGAACUCUUCACGAGAACUCUUAACGAAAACGUAAUCUCAAAGGCGGCGGUCUGUCGACAAUAAAUGCUAGUUUCUUACCAGCAUCUUCCCAAGAUAAAAGCUCGCGUGGGACGCGUUUAAGGUGAAGAUUCUAGCAACUGGCUUUGCCUGUUCCUUUCUUGGCCUCAACAUCUUUUAAGAAGAAAACCACACCAAACCCAGCUGGCCAGCUAGAGCUAGGAGGUUGGCAUGUUGCCUCUUUGUAUCAUCAACUUCUGGGUGGUGAUUCUUACGCGCAGUUUCUUUAUAACGGCAUACCCCUUGUAAGCUCAGCGACAACAGCACAUUACACCACUGCUUUGAAGUGUGCCGUUAUAUAUAUAUGGGUGGAAUCAACUUGAAAAGAGGUAAAACAUGGUUAGACCGAAUGAUCCCUUCUGGGAUUAUGUGGAGAAGAUGACUGGUGGUCUUUUGAAGUGCAUGUUUUGUGAGUAUAUAUUUGCUUCUGCUACUUCAAUUUCGAGGAUCAAAUCGCAUUUCGCUGGAGUCAAAGGGCGUGGCAUUAAUGUUUGUGCUAAAGUGCCUAAAGAGAUCCAAGAAGCAGCCUUCCCAGCUAUUUAUGGCACAAAAAAGAAACGUAAAACCAUGCCAAGUUCAAGCAAUAAUGGGGAGGCUAAUAUGAUUUCAACUUCCUCUCAAGAAGAGAAGAAAGAAUUUGAAACUCUUGCGAGAGAUGUAGAAGAGAUGCUAAUGGAGGUUGAAAGCACCGAUAAAAUAGAGAACAAGAGUGCUGGAGAAUUGGUCCAGCUUGUUAAAAUGGGCAGCUCUCUUGAAGGGAAUAUUGUUGAUGCACAUGAGACUAGUGGAAAUGCAUUUCCAAGAACGGACCUAGUUGGUCAAUCAAUUGAAAAAAAUUGGCGUGAGAUAUAUGGUUUGUCAACGGAGAACGAUGAUUUGAAUUGUGGCAGAGAGAGCAUGGCUGUAGAUUUGAUUCCAGAAGGGGUACACGAGACAAGAGGAGACGGAGCAAGUGGGUCAAGCGUUUGAAAGAAAUACGGAUGAUUUUUGGUGUCUGUUAAAUAAGGA